AUGGUCUCUUUAUCAUCCCGCGGGGAGACCACUUCAAUUCCCUCAAUGGCGUCCUGGUUGAUCUCAACGCUCCUUUUUCUGAGCCCGUCCUUGGUAUCAGCCAAGUCGGCAGCAGACUAUUAUGUUCACUCCUUGCCCGGUGCCCCCGAGGGGCCCUUGCUGAAGAUGCAUGCUGGCCAUAUCGAGGUGGAUCCACAGAACAAUGGAAACCUUUUCUUUUGGCACUAUCAGAAUCGCCAUAUCGCCAAUCGCCAACGAACCGUGAUCUGGCUGAACGGUGGGCCCGGAUGUAGUUCCAUGGACGGCGCAUUGAUGGAGGUCGGUCCGUAUCGUCUGAAGGACAAUGAAACCUUGACCUAUAAUGAGGGUUCAUGGGACGAAUUCGCCAAUUUGUUGUUUGUCGAUCAGCCAGUUGGAACGGGGUUCAGUUACGUCAACACGGACAGUUAUCUCCAUGAGCUCGAUGAGAUGUCGGCUCAGUUCAUUGUCUUCCUGGAAGAGUGGUUCAGAUUAUUUCCGGAGUAUGAACGCGAUGAUAUCUACAUUGCCGGCGAGUCUUACGCCGGUCAGCAUAUUCCAUACAUCGCCAAAGCCAUUCAGGAACGCAAUAAGAAUGUUCAAGGAAAGACCAUCGCUUCAUGGAAUCUGAAAGGUCUAUUGAUUGGCAAUGGUUGGAUUUCUCCAAAUGAACAGUACAUGUCCUACUUACCCUACGCAUAUGAAGAAGGCCUUAUCAAGGAAGGCAGCCGGGUCGCGAAGGAACUCGAGGUUCUGCAGUCAGUCUGCAAGUCCCGGUUGGAAACGGGCAAGAACAAGGUCCAUCUGAACGAUUGCGAAAAGGUCAUGAAUGCUCUGUUGGAUAAGACGGUCGAAGACAACCAAUGUCUCAACAUGUAUGAUAUCCGCCUUCGUGACACCACCGACGCAUGCGGUAUGAACUGGCCGACCGAUCUGGAGGACGUGAAGCCUUACCUGCAGCGAGAAGAUGUGGUUAAAGCCCUUAACAUUAAUCCGGAGAAGAAGUCUGGCUGGGUGGAGUGCUCAGGAGCAGUGAGCAGCGCCUUCAAUCCGCAAAAGUCCCCACCCUCGGUUCAACUACUUCCUGGCUUGCUGGAAUCGGGCCUUCAAAUCCUUCUUUUCAGCGGAGACAAGGACUUAAUUUGCAACCAUGUCGGAACGGAACAGCUCAUCAACAACAUGAAGUGGAACGGGGGCACCGGUUUCGAGACCUCACCCGGCGUCUGGGCUCCUCGACACGACUGGAGUUUCGAAGGCGAGCCGGCUGGUAUCUAUCAAUAUGCCAGGAACUUGACCUAUGUGCUCAUCUACAACGCAAGUCACAUGGUUCCCUACGACCUUCCCCGUCAGAGCCGGGACAUGCUAGAUCGCUUCAUGAAUGUCGAUAUCGCGAGCAUCGGAGGCAGCCCCGCCGACUCGCGCAUUGACGGCGAGAAGCUGCCCCAGACGUCAGUGGGUGGCCAUCCUAACAGCACCGCGGCGGAGGAGCAGGAGAAGGAGAGGAUCAAGGAGACGGAAUGGAAAGCCUACGCCAAGUCAGGUGAAGCCGUUCUCGUCGUCGUCAUUAUCGGAGUAUUAGUCUGGGGCUUCUUCAUCUGGCGCAGCCGCCGGCGCCACCAGGGAUACCGGGGCGUCUGGCAUAAGGACAUGAGCGGAAGCUCUGUUCUCGAGCGAUUCCACAACAAGCGCACGGGAGGCGCAGACGUCGAAGCUGGGGAUUUCGACGAGGCCGAACUCGAUGACCUUCAUUCUCCGGGUCUCGAAAGAGAACACUACGCUGUAGGCGAGGACAGCGACGAGGAUGAUAUCUCGCGACAGCAUUCUCGACAGGCCUCCCGAGCUGGGGGCAAUCAUAAUCUAUCCUAG